GUAAAAUCACUGCGCUAUCCAAUAGUUUUCUUCAUAGUCAGUGGCGGUUCGCUCGUUUGAUAAUAACGUGCGUAAUGAUAAUUAAGCAGUGUCAAUGCACGAAUUCGGAUAGAGAAUGACCUACAAUCAUGUUAUUUGGAAGAAAUUAGAUCAUCUACGAAGACGCAUUUAAUAAAGCACUAAAAGUGUAACAGCGUAAAAUGAUUGAACAGACAGGUUAACCCCUGUGUUUGUUUUCGGUGUUUCGGUGGUAACGAUGGCUAAUUCUCCGACGAGUAUAGAGACACAAAUAGACAGUUUCUUAGAACAGUUUAAGAGAAGUGCUUCUAAGGCGAUGGAGGAAAGGAUGGAAUGGCCUGAUGGUCCUUCACCAGGAGCUGUGGUCAAGUCUCGCAGCAGCUGUUUCGCCUUGGAUGCAGCCGCUGAAGCAGAAUGCGACGGUUGCGGCGAACCAGACGAGGGCCGGAGCGUUGGAGAGCUGCUUCUGCCUCAGUAUGCGCUCGCCACCGGGGGCCUGGCGAAGGACCACCGGCCUCUCAUCACGUUCCCUGACCACAACAACUUUCACCUACUUUCUGCUGCAGAAUACCGAAGGCUGCUGCUUUAUCUCACCUCCGUGCCCUCGUUAUUGGAAGCUGACAUGGGCUUCCACAUCAUAAUAGAUCGGAGAAAAGACAGAUGGAAUUCAGUGAAGACAGUGUUGUUACGGGUUUCCGAGUUCUUCCCCGGCGUGAUCCACGCCGUCUACGUACUCCGACCAGCCAGCUUCCUCCAGAAGGCUCUGUCAGAAGUCAGCAGUAAACUGUUCAAGGAGGAAUUUAGGUUCCGGGUACACGUGUGUUCCACCAUCGACGAGCUGUACGAACACUUCGACAGGACCCAGCUGACCUCUGACUUAGGGGGCGAGCUACAGUAUUCACACUCCGAGUGGAUACAGCAACGGAUUGCUUUGGAGAAGUUUUCAAUUAUGAUGAAGGAAAAUUCAGGGAAACUGGACAACUUCAUGCACGAGAUCGUUGACUGUGACAUGGGCAACGACCCCUCUCAAACCAAAGAAUUGUUAGACUCACAAGAAACUAGGUAUAAAGCUUUAAAAACAGAACUGGCGUCAGCGACGGCACAAGGUGAAGAGUUGUUGACGCAAGUGCGAAAACCAAAUCUUAAUUAUAAUAUUAUAAGCCACGUCGCCGCGGUCGAAAGGCUACUGGCGCAACUUGAAGAGACUGAAAAACAAUUCGAUAAUUUUUGGCAGAAACAUUCCAUGAAAUUAAACCACUGGUUAAAAUUUAGGACAUUUUUAUUAAACUUUAAACAGAUGCAGGCGACUUUAGACGGCCAUCUUAAGACAGCGUGCGACAUGACAGAAGUGGGAGAGACUGCGAACAGAGUGGAGAACCUCAUACAGGAGGCGACCGACUUUGAGAAACUAUGUACCUGUGAUCUCGAAACCGCCAAUGCAGUUAUAGAUGAUGGCGAGAAACUAAUGCAAGACCCACUAAGUUCAGUUGACCACAUAGAGUCAAAAUGCGAAGAGUUGAGACGAACGAGUGCAUUACUAGUCGAUAAAAUACAGAAGAGAAAUCUAUUGCUGGCCAAAGCGCGGGAACUCAUGGACAGGAUAGACAAAGCAAACGAAUGGUGCGCGACGGGCGUGGACCUGCUGGCGGGCGAGAAGGGGCUAGUGGCGGUGGACAGGCUGAUAGAGGACGCCAAGAGCUUCGGCCUCAGCACGCCCGAGCAGUUCCGCGAGAUGCUCAUGCAGUCCGCCACGCAGGAGACCAGGGCCUUGGUCACGCAGGUGGCGCAACGCGUAGAAGACAUGUGGCUUAUGGCUACCGUGAAAAGAGCGACGCUCCAACGCGCGGCCGCCAAGCCGGCGCGGCCGGUGCAAUCGGUGCCGCCGCAGAGCGCGGCCGUGCCGCCGCCCACCAACAAGAUGGAAACAUCAGGCGGUUCAGAGAGCUCCACAGAGGACGCCGAGGCGCAGCGGUCGAGACGCGGCCACGUGUUGGCUGAGCUACUCCAGACGGAGCGGGUUUACGUGCAGGAGCUGGGCUCUAUACUCAACGGUUACAAAGAAGAGAUAGAGAAACCGGAGAACCAGCACCUACUGCCGUCAGCUCUGGUCGGCCAAGCAGACGUACUCUUUGGGAACUUACACGAACUGUUCACCUUCCACCAGGAUGUGUUCCUCAAGGAUCUGGAGCGGUCCAUAUCGGCCACUGAGCUCGUCGCGUUGUGUUUUGUUGAAAAGAGAGAGACGUUCUUCCGCCUAUAUAGCUACUACUGCCAGAACAUACCCCGCUCUGAGCGGCUCCGGGAGACGCUGGUGGACACACACCUGUUCCUGCAGGCAUGUCAGCUGCGAUUGGGACACAAACUGCCUCUCGCGGCUUAUCUGCUCAAACCCGUGCAGAGGAUCACCAAGUACCAGUUGUUGUUGAAGGACCUGAUCCGCUACAGCGAGUGCAACCACUCGAUGACGACGGGUCUACAGCAAGCGCUGGACUGCAUGCUCGUCGUGCUCAAGUGCGUCAACGACUCCAUGCAUCAGAUCGCCAUCACUGGCGUCCCUGUGGAUCUCAGCCAGCAAGGCGAGCUGCUGAUGCAAGGGUCAUUCCUUGUCGUGUCAGAGAACAAGAGGGACCUCCGACUGCGAAUACGACCGCGGCGGCGACACAUCUUCUUGUACGAGAAGUCCAUGCUCUUCUGCAAGCCGGCCACCAAGAACAGCCAUAAUAAGGCCACGUAUCAUUUCAAACAUGAUCUCCAGAUGUCACAAAUCGGUUUAACGGAGUCGGUAAAAGGUGACCCUCGCAAGUUUGAGGUGUGGAGACAAGGCAGACAAGAGGUCCACACGAUAAUAUCGCCCACAGUGGAGAUCAAGAGGGCGUGGGUAGACCGCAUCAAGAGGGUGCUUCUCGAUCAACUGAAAGAGUUGAAAGGAGAAAGAGUGCGGCAGUAUGGAGCGCAGCACAGAACACUGAUCCAAACGAACUCGUGGGACGUGGUGAGCGGCGUGGGCGAGCGCGCGCGAGGCGCGGCGCCGCCCGCGCGCCUCGCGUCGUGCGACGCGCACGAGGAGCCGUGCUGGUCCACCGACCCCUCCGACGACGACGACGACGACGACCACGCGCCGGCGGUGGGUUGCGCGUUGGUAGCGCUGUCGGACUACACGGCGGUGGGCGCGAGCGAGGUGUCUCUGCGCGAGGGCCAGCACGCCGAGCUGCUCAAGGUGGGCUGCGCCGGCUGGUGGUAUGUGCGGCUUGCAGGUGGGAAUGGCGAAGGUUGGGCGCCGGCAGCGUACCUCGACCAGCGCAAGACGUCGCGCUCGUCCUCACGCUCGCACGACCGCCUGCACGACCACUGAGCGCCUCCACGUCGUGCUCCGCCCCCACACUAGCGUCGUGCAGUGCGGUUGCACUAGCUACGUCAUCCCCGGGGAGUUCGUCGUCAGUCUGCACUUACAGCUUCCAUGUCUCAGUUUGAAUUGAGGUUUGGAAUAUUGCAAUUUUAUUUCUUUCAAAAACGAAAUUUAUGGUCCAAAUAAUUCGUGUGGAAGUAUGAAAUUGUUUGUGGCGACAAUACAAAAAUCUAAUUCUUAAAUAUUGUGUAAAUAUGAAAUUUAUUGAGCUGGAAUAUUCGAAGCCUUAAAGCUUGUUGACACAUGGAAGUAGAACUUUUCUCUACCUAUUUGGAAUAUCUUAUAUUUUUACUUACGAGAUUAAGAGAUCGUGUUUUAGCGCUACGAUUUGGUUUUCUGUCGAUAGAACUCCUAGAGCUUAGACCGAAUGAGGAUGAAGUGAAAAUAACUGUCUCGGAGGGACGCGAGCAAAUAAUUUCGAUUCAAUUUGCAUUAACAAUUCAGUUAUUUUUUCUGUGUUCGUAAGUUUUGUCAUCAUUCGGUCUGCGCUAUUUUUUUGACGAUAUUCACCCCACUUGUAGGAGUGACUGCGAAGGCGAUACCCUGUAAUGUUUGCUAACGUUUAACCAGUAGCUUUCAUCAGAAUCCAAUCUCAAUCCUCAAUUACGAUAGGAUAUAUAGGCCGUCCUCUUCUUGGCAGUCCUCGCAUUAGAUUAGAUGCCAGAAUUAGAGAUCCAACUUGAUUACCAGUAUUAUUUAUUACCAGUUAUCAAGUUUUUUGAUCUAAAAGUAAAGAACUGUAACUACCUAUAUGUAUGCUAUGCACUAUGUGAACUGCAAACAGUUAUGGCAUGUAUAAAUACUAACCAAUUGGUUAAUUAUCUGUAACUUUCAGAAUAUCUAAUUCUGAAUUCUAGUUUCGAUCGUAAUCGAACAAUAAUAUUGUUAUUGUAAACGUUGUCUAAAAGCUUUAUUGUAAAUUAGUGCUAGAGUAGGCUGGUAUCGUUGCGAGUGUCCAAAGGCGUAGGUUGUUGAGUAGCCACUGUUCAUGUUUGUACAUACAUUAUUUAAUUGUAGUUAUUUAUUCCGAUGCUAGAUGUGCUUUCGGUGUUAAUACAAUACGUCUCAAUUUUCCAUGACAGAUACUGUGGGUAAUGUUUAUCCGAACGCGUAAGGACCUGUGAUUGUUAUCAACGUUGUGGUAAAGUUUUAUACCAUUAGGUAUAUUGCUCUAUGAGCUUCAUUUUUAUCGUGCAUAAAUGCAUUUUUGUAAUGCAGUAAAUCCCUAAGUAUAUUGUUACAAUUAGGUACAUGUGAAUUAUUUUAUAGCAUGUCUUGUUAUUAGUGUAUGAUAUUGUAUGCGCAUACAAUGGAAAUAUGUGUCGUUUGCUAGUCGACGUGAUAAUUAUAAAAAUCAAUAUCGAUCAAAUCAUUUACGAAGCAUAUCAUGUUAAAUUUUUCUUUCUCAUAUUUUCUGUUGAAAAGAAAUUCUUAGCAUCUCGUUCCACAGUACCUGUAACUCGUUAUUGUAUAAAGUGUAUUAUUUUCUGAACAUAAAGUUUUGUAUAAAGUUACGUUCAUUUUGACAUGACCACAAUUACACAAAAAUUUCCCAUU